UGUCUCAACCGACCUGCACAUUAAAAGAAGUGACUUUUAGUGCUGAACACAGAGGAGUAUUUUCAUCACAUUUUUUAUUGGAGCUCAAAGGACGAAGGAACUUCGAACAGAUACAGCGUCUGUUUACCCAACGUUAAUUCACUGCUUUCCACGACAAUCAGGCAGCACCAAUGGCAGCACAUCCGACCUUUACUCUUGAGAACCGAGAGCGAAUCCGGGCGGUGGAGAGCUCUUUCGGCCGCACUGGAAAGAUGCUUCUAAAACCCGAACGUCUUCUUGUGGGAGAGGGCUGCUUGUUGAAGCUGUGCAGGCGUGGACCCAAACCCAAAAUGUUCUUCCUCUUCAACGACAUCUUGGUCUAUGGUAGCGUCAUGGUGCCCGGUCGCUGGUACAAUAAGCAGAGGAUCAUUCCUUUGGAGGAGGUGCAGCAGGAAGAUCUGGAAGACGGAAUGGCCAUGGCCAACCAAUGGCUCAUCCGCAUGCCACGCAAGUCUUUCUACGUGUCGGCAGCCUCGCCUGAGGAAAAAAAUGCAUGGAUGGAGCACAUUGAGAGGUGCAGGGCCCUCCACAUGCAAAAUAAGGGCCUCCCCAAUGACAAUGAUGCAGAGAAGUUUGCUGCCACCUGGAUCCCUGACAUGGCUUCAGCCAUCUGCAUGCGCUGCUCAAAGCGCUUCAACAUUGCCAUUCGGAGGAGGCACCACUGCCGGAGAUGCGGUUAUAUAGUAUGUCAAGCUUGCUCGAAGAGCCGGGCCUUGCUACCCAACAUCUCCUCCAAGCCAGUGAGAGUUUGCCGGAACUGCGUGAGCAGCACAGAAGACGGAAAGGAGCAGAAAAAGAAGAGAAAACAUGUACAGCACUGGAAAAAGAACUCUGUAGAGGACUCAUCAACACUACCUGAGUUUGAGACGUCCAGCGACGAGGAGCUCGAAGAUGAGAACGGGCACCAGGUGCCCACCAAGUGGUUCAACAACCAGGUGGAGGAAGCAGAUUACUCCCACUACUGCUACUUAAAGACCGAGCACAGGAGUCCUCCCAUCAUUGGACUCUGACCGUGAUGUGGGCAACUACUAUUAUGAACUAUGCUGAAACUGAACAUGUUUUACUGUUGACCAGAUGCACAAAGACAAACACCAGCAGUUAUUAAGUAUUUUGCACUAAAGUAUGUGAGUCACUUCUACUACUUCUGUUUUGCACUUUUGUAUUUAUGUAUGUAAAUUUGAAUGUAUAUUCUAUUUUCAUAGUAUAACAAAUGUUUUCUAUUAUAGCAUGUAUAAAGUAAACAAUGUGAAUAUUGUAAUCAAUAUAAUAAAAAAAGUAUUAUUAUGAAAUACUUUGGUGAUUGCAUUAAAUACUUGGUGGGAAACAC